GAUGGCUCUGGUGGUUUGGACUGUCACAUAAAAGUGCGCGUCCCACCGGCAAACCGGCGAAUUUCUGCUUCUACUCCCAGUGAGACCGGACCGGAUUGGAACCAGCGGCAGAGCAACAACAAAAACCACCCGCUCAGCCUGAGGGCGCCUCGCGGGAAAACACGUGAGCUCGGCGGACAUCCACCUCUGACAUCGCCUCCACUCACAGAAAUCCAUCCCCAGUAGCCUCCAUCUCGUGGCCUGCCUCUCAUGGGGUGUGAAGUGGAGAUUUGAUGCCACUUGGCAACAGUUUAUAAGAAGUGUGUGGCAUAAAUCAGUCAUGGGGGAUUCGAUCUUCAAUUGCUGUUAUGUCCCACCCCACCCCCCAGGCGACAGAGAGCCCCCCAGGACCAGGCGUGCAGAGAUCAUGGCCUCCAUCUCCAACGACAAGCGCUUCCUCAUCUUCUUCGAUUUCGAUGAGACGAUCGUGGAUGAAACCAGCGAUGACAUUGUGGUCCAGGCAGCUCCCGGGCAGUACCUCCCCGGCUGGCUGAAGGACACAUACCAGCCCGGCCGUUACAACGAGUACAUGCAGCGCGUGCUGGCCUACCUGGCUGAGCAGGGCGUCACGGAGAGCGACAUCCGCAACGUCAUGGAGAAGAUGCCGGCCACCCCUGGCAUGAUCACCCUCUUCCAGUUCCUCCGCACGCGGCCCCAGCAGGACUUUGAGGUGGUGCUUGUGUCCGACGCCAACACCUUCUUCAUCGAGUCGUGGCUCCGGCGCGCGGGGGCCCGCCAACUCUUCCACCGGAUCUUCACCAACCCGGCCACCUUCAACAAAGACGGCAGGCUCGUGAUGCGGCCAUUCCACUCCCACGACUGCCCACGAUGCCCUGACAACAUGUGCAAACAGGUGGUGGUGAGGGACUACGUGGCCCGCAGGACGCAGGAGAGAGGCCGGCCGUACCAGAGGGUCUUCUACGUGGGUGAUGGAGCCAACGACUUCUGCCCUGCACACUCCCUUGGGCCCCGGGACGUGGCUUUCCCGAGGAGGGACUUCCCCAUGCACCGACUGAUUACAGAGAUCCACGAGGCCAUGCCCGGGGAGUUCAAGGCGGUCACGGUCCCGUGGGUGAACGCGGAGGAGGUGGUGCAGAGGUUAAGGAGGCACGUUGUAGAAUAGAGGUGUCACACAUAGAGACAGAGGAGGUGGAAAUGGGGCUAAGUGACACUCUUAGUCAGAUUCUCAGGUAAAAUAGCCCCAAAUAAAAACCUUCAAGGCAAUAAAAUAGUCAUAUUACCUGCACGUGCCUUCAGCUUCUCACGUUUUAGUCCAGAGGUCAGAGGCCAGUUUACCUUCAGCAGGUUAAUGAUUAUGCACCACCUGAAUCAAUCAGCCCUAGCUAUGCUUUGAUAUAAAUUAAUGCUUAUAUGUACGCUUAUAUAUCUUUGUAAGUUCGGAGUUUUAGAGGCUUUAAUUUGUAUAACUAACAUCCUAAACGGGUCUUGGGUUGCUUCUAGAAUAGCAGGGAAACCAAUCUGAGUACUUCAAGAGCAAUAUUUAGAAAGCUAUGGACAGUUCUCCUUACCAGAUGACUUAUAACCUAAGUGUGUUUUUCUACAAACUGCACUUUAAGACUAUGAAAAAUGAAACUGUAUUCUCAUUAAUGAAAUCAGACUUACAUUAGCAUCUGAUGUCAAAGGGCAUUCAACAAAUCAACGAUAUUUUAAUCGAUUAGAAUCUCAGUUUGUGUCUGAUGUAUGUCAUGAGUGUGUUGGUGUGUUCACUUGUCUGUUGUGUCGUUAUUGUGUAGGCCAAGCCUACUGAAGAACAUACAAACACCAGCAGGAAUAAAGCCAUCAACUGAAACACUGCCUGUGUCUGAAUUUAUCAUCAAACCUUAUCACUUUUAUAUGAUUGAUUCAAAAUCAAUAACUUUAAUGUUUUUUAAUGGAAUAAACACUGGUUUUAGUUUGUUGAUUAAUACUAUUAAUGAAUGAACAAUACCCCAUAAGCUCUUGUA